AUGCAAUUAGACGAUGACAGGCUACAAGUACAAUCAUCGUCAAUGAUAUCGAAAAGAAAAGAAGGGAAGUUGAACGCGAAUAACAUUGCCAAGAAGUUGGUAUCAAUGCAAUUGGACACUACUCUACUGACACCCAUUGUGAAGAUGGAAGGCAAGUGUGAUGAGAGAAAUAAAACAAAGGCAGGGUCAAUACAGGCCUUUCCGUUACCGUCCUACAAAAGAAAGAAGACGAAAGCAAAAGUUGGACGUCGCAAGUCACAUACGAAAUUGCGAACGAAGGUCGAGAGAGCCUUGGUGAAUAUGGAUAAAGCUGAAGUUAAAGCCGCCAAAAGACGUGAAAAG